AUGUCUCGGAGACGCCCAAAUUUCUCGACUCGAACGGCCCAAGAAGAUGCUGCGCGUCUCGAUCCCAAUGAGCAGACUGGAUCAUCCCAUCUCGACCGAGGUCGCUUCCUCCAGUGGCGUACGAAUAUCUGGUCUCAAGGUCGGGAGGAAAACCCCACGGAGAGCUCGGGGCACCAACAGCAUACAGCACCCUCGAACCCGUUUGAAGGCUUAUCUCGACUGUGGCAGAGAAGGAUACACGAUGAACGGGGGCAGGAUGAUAAUACGGAGGGCGUGGCACCGCAUCUGCCUCUGUCAGCUGGACCUCUGCGAGAUUCGAGCAUCGACAAAAAGGACCGGCAUUUACACCGGACCCGGUCGACAGAGGAGUCCAAAAAGCUUGGGACCUUUUCCGGCGUGUUUGUCCCUACCUCGUUGAAUGUUCUCAGUAUUCUGAUGUUCAUUCGCUUCGGCUUUAUUCUGGGACAAGCUGGGAUAUUGGGUAUACUAGGAUUGCUCGUUAUUUCCUACAUGAUUAACCUGGUGACGACAAUGUCUCUCUCCGCUAUUGCGACCAACGGCACAGUCAGAGGCGGAGGUGCAUACUAUUUGAUCUCCCGGUCACUGGGACCCGAAUUUGGAGGCUCCAUUGGAGUCGUAUUCUACUUGGGCUCCGCCUUCAAUACCGGUAUGAAUGCAGUUGGUCUGAUUGACUGCUUCACUCAGAACUUUGGAAUUGUCUCUGGCAGCAUGGCCAAUUUCAUGCUGGAGGGCUUUUGGUGGCAGUACCUAUGGGGGACCAUUAUACUCGUCUUCUGCACCGCCAUCUGCUUGGCAGGGAGCUCAAUUUUCUCAAGAGCGAGUAACGGGCUGCUGGUCAUCCUUCUAGUGGCAACGUUUAGUAUACCGUUGUCCGCUCUCUUUAUGAAGCCGUUUUCUUCACCUAAAGAAGGCGUGAUGUUCACGGGCCUCAGUGUGCGGACUUUGAUGGAGAAUCUUAAGCCCCGUCUGACUAAAGGCGCCGCGGGAAGUCAGUUGAAUAGGAGAGAGAACUUUCAGGAUCUAUUUGGCAUCCUGUUUCCAGCGACGGGAGGAAUUUUUGCUGGUGCUAGUAUGUCGGGAGAUCUGAAGAACCCGAGCAAGUCCAUCCCCAAGGGUACUCUGGGAGGACUUGCCCUGACCUUCAUGACGUACACACUGGUCAUCCUGGCGAUGGCGGCUUCUAUCACCCGAGAGUCUUUCUAUAACAACGUGAACGUGAUUCAAGUCGUCAACAUAUCAGAAACUGUAAUUCUGCUCGGGGAAUUCGCAACCAGUUUCUUCUCCGCGCUUAUGGGUGUGAUUGGAUCCGCGAAGCUUCUCCAGGCAAUCGCUCGAGAUAGCUUGCUCCCUGGCAUUGGCUUCUUCGGCCAAGGGACAAAGAAAAACGACGAUCCCGUUUACGCCAUCAUUGUGACCUACGUAUUUGCGCAGGUCACGAUGCUGUUCGACAUCAAUCGCAUCGCAUCUUUCGUGACAAUGAGCUAUCUGAUGACCUUUUUGGUGACGAACCUGGCUUGUUUCUUGCUGAAAAUCGGUUCUGCGCCCAACUUCCGACCCUCUUUUCACUACUUCAACUGGCAGACUGCCGCAGCAGGGACAAUCGUCAGCGGGGCCAGCAUGUUCUUUGUAGAUGGUCGUUAUGCCUCUGGAUGCAUAGGGAUACUUCUCAUGCUUUUCCUGUUGAUCCACUACAGCUCGCCGCCCAAGGCAUGGGGUGAUGUUAGCCAGAGUCUGAUUUACCAUCAAGUGCGCAAAUACCUACUUCGUCUGCGCCAGGAGCACGUCAAGUUCUGGCGACCACAGAUUUUGCUCUUUGUGAGCGAUCUGGAUCGACAGUACAAGAUGGUUUCCUUCUGUAACUCGCUGAAAAAAGGUGCGCUGUUUGUUUUGGGCCACGUACUUGUCACCGAUGACUUUUCAGCGGCUGUCCCGGAGGCACGUAGACAGCAGACAGCAUGGACGAAGCUGGUUGAAUACUCCAAGAUCAAAGCCUUUGUCAACAUUGCUAUCUCCCCCUCCGCGGAAUGGGGCAUGCGGAAUAUUGUCUUGAACUCCGGGCUGGGAGGCAUGCGACCCAACAUUGUCAUCAUUGAUCAUUUUCAAGAAGAUCAGUCUCUGGUGGAAAACCUGUCUCUUUCCAGUCAUCGCAGAGAGUCGACCAAACCGAGACGUCGUUCUUCCGUCGUUGGCUCGUUUGACGGCUCCGAUGACCCCAAUCUGGCAAACAAGGGAAUGACCCCUCAAAGCUACGUGACAAUCCUUGAAGAUCUCCUGUUCAAACUCCGGAUCAAUGUCGCCGUCGCCAAAGGUUUCGAGGAUCUUGAAAUACCGGACCCCAAUGGCCACAACACGAAGAAGUACAUAGAUCUGUGGCCGAUCCAGAUGUCCGCCGAGAUUGGAGCCGACAGCGAGAGCAAGCAAAACGUGCUGACCACUAACUUCGACACCUACACUCUCAUUCUGCAGUUGGGUUGUAUUCUAAACACCGUGCCCUCGUGGAAGAAAACCUACCGAUUGCGAGUCGCCGUAUUUGUCGAAUAUGAGACGGAUGUCGAAGAUGAGAGAGGCCGAGUAGAGGCUCUUCUGGACAAGUUGCGAAUCGAGGCAGAAGUUCUUGUUUUCUGUCUUGCAUGUGGAGAUUUGAAGGCUUACCGCAUCCUUGUCAACGGCGACACGUCUCCAGAGAUGGACGAUGCGCAAGAAAAUGUCCACUCCGUACUCCGAGAGGAAGAAUGGUGGCAGGAAGUCCUGAAAGCACAUAACAGCUUGCAAGCCUCCCAGGACCAGGAACCGGCAGGCGAUGAACCCCAGCAGUUGGACCGAUCGAUGACCAGCCAAGACAGCGGAAGCCGACCAUCCCACCAGCGCGUGAUUGGUCUGCGUAAACUGAUCCAAUCUGGUCGCAGACGAUCUGUUUCUAGCUUCCGAGCGCUGGGAAGUGUCAACCUGGGCAUGCAAACCCACCGUUUGCUGGAUGCAUUUGUUGAUUACGACGGUGACAACUCGUCGAGCGAGAGCAGCGACGACGACAGUGACUUGGAGCUAUACCAAAGCGACCCGGAAAUCGACGGAGACGACGAGAACCCCGAAAACACAGCCGUCACUCGCAACCAGAGCGAGACUGUUUCUGGCCCUUCACAACCACUGGUGCGGAUCACGAGCGACGACUGCAGCUCCUCCGGGGUGAGUCCAUCGACACGGCUAAAGGGGCCGUCGCACUCUUCCACAGGCCAAGACUUGCUCCCGACCCGGGCAAUCCCCUCGAUCAUGACAACCGGCGACAACGCAUCUCCAAAGAGCAAAUCACCCGGCCCUCGCCCACCCUUGAGCCGCUCCGCUUCCAGCAACCGCUUCAGCUCCUCCCCCAUCCCUGAAGCCAAAGUCAACACCGAAGAAGGAGUCGGUCCAUCGAUAAUGUUCGCCGCAAACGCCAGCCCUCCGCGCUUCCAGAAGCUCGACUCCAUCUACGCCCGACGCCCAUCCGUUGUUUCCCCCGGUUCCAAUGGCGACCACAGCAGCCGCAGCAGCCGCAGCAGCCAAACAGCCUCCGGGUUCCCUAGCUCUGCGUCCGUCCCGCUGAGCUUCAACGACCUGCCUAGCCGAGCGCAGCAUUUGAUCUUGAACGAGCUGAUGGUUCAGCAGAGCAGUGAAACGGCUGUUGUCUUUACCACGCUGCCGUCUCCGGUGGAGGGGACAUCUCGACGGGAAGAAGAUAGCAUCUCGUACUUGAGUGAUCUUGAUGUGCUCUUGCAGAGCUUGCCGCCGUGUCUGCUGGUCCACAGCAAUAGCAUGACCGUGACAAUGAAUUUGUAA